AUGGCAAAGAAGAAGGCUGCAGAAACCGGUAAAGCAGCAGCCAAGGCAGCGAAGAAAGCCAAGGCAGCACAAAAAAUCGAACGUAAGGAGGUCAAGAAGGCAGGAAAGUCGAAGAAGGAUGGUGCUGCUGCAGAUGAGGACGAUCUCGAGGCAAUACUUGAGAAUAUGCGAAAGGAAUGGGAAGAAACGCAUGCGGUGACGGAAGAGGUCGUCGAGGGACCACCAAGUCGACGAGCUAAUGCGACUUUGACUGCUUGUCCGUCUGGAAAUUAUCUGUGGUGCAUCGGCGGUGAAUACUUUAGUGAUGAUGGAAAAGCUUAUUUUUACAAUGACGUCUAUCGAUACACACCAGAAAAGAACGAAUGGAGAAAAUUUGUAUCACGAGUCUGUCCUGGCCCACGAUCUGCCCAUGCGGUAAUUGCCUCACCAGCAGCCGGAGGGAAGUUAUUCUUGUUUGGCGGAGAGUUCUCUUCAUUAUACCAGAAUUCUUUUCAUCACUACCGCGAUUUUUGGUGUUUCGACGUCGGUACUCAUUCCUGGGAUCGCAUCGACACAAAAAUUCGACCAAGUGCACGAAGUGGAUGCAGAAUGGCAAUGUGGAAACACUACAUUUUCUUAUUUGGUGGUUUUUAUGAUCCUGGCGUUCGAACGAACUAUCUCGACGAUUUGUGGUACUUCGACACGCAAGAGUAUCACUGGAAGCAGAUUGAGUUUCGUGAAGGAGACAGAAAGCCAUCCCCGAGAAGUGGAUUCUCGUUCCUACCGACAGCUGAAGGGAUCGUGUUAUAUGGUGGUUAUUGCAAAGAAUAUGCAAAGGGAAAACGGCCUGUUGGUAUCAUGCUCGAUGAUGCGUGGAUUCUCAAGAUAACACCAAUCGAAGCGAACGAGUCUUUGUCCGCUCUUCCACAAAAAUCUAGUAGUAAAUCCACCUCUACUAAAGGUCCAGCACAUCUGUUCACUGUCAAGUGGGAGCGAAGAAAGAAGAUGGGUUAUGCACCGGGUCGACGUGUAGGCUGUACGAUGGCCAUGUGGGCAACGCGGAGUAUGGGGAUUUUAUUUGGUGGAGUGACGGAUGAGGAUACGAAUGAAGAGACACUUGAAUCUGUUUAUCAUAAUGAUUUGUUUGGUUAUCAACUUACUGGGAACGGGAGAUGGGUAUCGCUGACGUUGCGGAAGCCGAAGAAAACGGGAAAGAAUAAAUCGGGUAGUAAAAAAGUGUCGAAACUGACCGCGCGAGUGCUAGAAACACGCCAAGACGAAGAUGAAAAUGAAGAAGAAGACUCUGAUGGAGAAAAGGAUAAACUAAACGACGAGGAUAGGCGAGACGGUGUGGACAUGGACAAUAACAAGCAAAUGGCGACGUCAGAUAAAUUAAAAAACUUGCAGAAUACUGCGGACGUAGACACUGAUCCCGAUGAUCCACUCCUCACUGUUCCACGUGGGAGAUACAACGCAAUGCUCACUGUCCUGCGCAACAUACUCUACAUAUAUGGAGGAAUCCUCGAGAUGGGUCCCCGAGAGUACACUCUAGACGAUUUCUAUGCGUUACCACUUGAUCGACUGGAUCGGUUUACGUGCCUUAAGCCAUGUGGCUUCGAGCUUCCGAAGGAGGGUGAUGUACUGGAAAGUAGUGGUGACAGUGAUGAAGACGAAGAUGGAGAAGAUGAAGAUACCGUCGAUGGUGAAGAAAGUGAAGAUGAGAUUGGUGAUGGCAGAGAUGACGAGCAGGUGGAUCCAGCGAGUAAAGGUCUAGCUGGUGUGGUCAGCGACGUCGAGCAUGUCGCAACACGUAAAAGCAAAGUCAAACCACAGAAACAAGUGGAGGUCGACAGGCUAGAGAAUGAUGUCGACGACGCAGAACCAGAGUCAGAUCUACGCAAUCGUUCACGGGCACUCUUCGGAACAGACUCAGUUGCAGCAGCCGCCCGUUCCGCAGAGGACGUGAUGAGUACUCCUCGACCCGGAGAAACGCUUGCAAUGUUCUAUGCUCGUUCGCGUGAAUAUUGGGCUGGUAAAGCGCACAGUUCGAGUGAUAAUCGUGGCAAACUGCUCCGGAGAGAUGGGUUCACGCUUGCUCAAGAACGAUACGUUGAAUAUAAGCCAGUUUUAGAAGAAGUAGAGAAUAUCCUUGCAGAAGCAGGGCUAGAUGAGGACGAAAUCAAGCGAGGCGCAGUUGCUGGGCCAAAGGCAGCACAGAGCGAAAGCCGCAACAGACGAUGA